AUAAGCGGUAGUGUUUGUCGGCUGGCGCACCGCAUCAAACCAAGUGUUGUUUUCUGCCUUAGGCACCACAUCCAUUCAGCAUGAGCGACUUCAAUCCCCACGUUGACGAGGCUAAAUCUUCCCUCGCCCAGCUCAACAGAAUCAACCUCGACGACCCAACAGCACACAAAGAAGCCAUUCUUCAAUGCCAGUCUGUCAUUGAUGCUCUGCGGAGACCCGGGGAUAAAGCCUUGGAGAGCUUCACAACAUUUACCAUCUUCCCCUGUCUUCGAACCGCAAGUGACCUGGGCAUUUUCGAGAAGCUGAGCCAUGGGACCUUGACGCUUCAGCAGCUGGCAGAGCAGACGGGAGCGGCAUCAAGCCUCCUCGCUCGACUCAUGCGAGUCAUCACCGGCACUGGCGUCGUGCGCGAAUCCAGCCCAGAGGCUUACACAGCAACCCCUACGUCGGACAUUCUGGCAACCGCAGCAUUCGCCGCCGGUUUCCGCAUGUUCGGCAACAUCGUCCCCAACCUACAAAGCUUCCCCGACCACCUCCAAGCAACGCAGUACCGCAACCCCUCUGACAGCGACAGCCCCUCGGGGAUCUUCCAAUCCUGCUUCCACACCGACCGCAGCUUCUUCCAAUGGCUCGCCGCCAACCCCACCAUCGCCCGCGACUUCAACACCUUCCAAACCACGAAGCGCAACCAACAGCACUGGAGCGACAGCUACCCCGUUUGGACGCGCUUUACCACGGGCGGUGUUGACACCCUCGACUCCGAUGCGCCCCUGCUGGUCGACGUCGGCGGCGGCAUGGGCCACGACCUCCGCGUCCUGAAGACCAAGUUCCCCGUCCCGCUGCAGACGGGGCAGAUCGUCCUCCAGGAUCAGCGGUCGGUGAUCGAGACCAUCCCCGCAGACCUGCGGGACCCAACAAUCGAGUACAUGCCGUAUGACUUCUUCACGCCGCAGCCGGUGCAGGGAGCGCGGGUGUACCUGCUCAAGCACAUCAUCCACAACUGGCCGGACGAGAAGGUGAUGGACAUCCUGCGGAACGUGGCUGCCGGAAUGCGGAGCGGGUAUUCGAAGCUGUGGCUGUUCGGGGGCAUUGUGCCUGAGAUGCACGCGCCGCGGAUUCUGGCGAGGAUGGAUAUCGUGAUGAUGGUGUUUAUGGCGGCCAUGGAGCGGACGGAGAGGCAUAUCACGGAGCUGUUGCGGCGGGCGGGGUUGGUGGUUAUGGGGGUGGAUGUGGUGAUGGAGGGGUAUGGGGUUAUUGAGGCGAUGUUGGAGGCUUGAGGACGUUUCUGGUCGCAUGUUCUCUGUAACCGUGGAGUUGAAAUUGCUUGAAUGUAGAGAACGGUAUUAUCUGAAGAUGACAGGAUAGAUUGCUAAGGGAUGUCAGGAAUGUAACAUUUUAUCGUCUG